AUGCCCAAUUUCGCAUCGGGCCUCGUUCAGGUCUCCUUAAUCCUGUUGAGUCGGCCGUCUCGCUGUUUUAAGAAGAUGUCGCGCGUUCCGUUCGCAUAUCCAACUCUGAUUAUAGCAGACCCGUUUAUCUUCGGAGCAUUAAAGAGUCGGCGAUACUCGUUAUAUGUUUUUUUGUCAGCAUCAAUUACAAUUAAAUGUUUGGGCGAAUCCAUGUUCUCCAGAGCGGAUUUGAAGCUUUUCCCUAUUCUUCUUGGAGUUGCCUACGUGGUCUUUUCUGAUGUUGUAGUUAAAGCCUUCGUUGAGCCAGUUGAUGAGAAUAAUUGGAAUCGGCGUUUAGACGGUAAUGCAAUCAAUGAUACUGCACAACUAUUUGUCAUUGGCUUUAGAAACUGUUUAAAUAGUAGUGGAGAAUUGUUUCUUGAACGUCACAAAGUAGUUGCAGAUUAUGGAUAG